GAUAUUUCAAAACUUUUGCUUUUUAUUUCAUAUACUUUUUAAUUAUCUAAAACAGCCAGUUAUACAUAUAAUAUUCAAAAAUGGGAAACCAGAUAUCUUUUACAGUGACGGAGAGCGAGCUACAGCGCCAGAAAGCCAAUGAGAGAGCGAGCACACCAAUGGACCCGCGAGGCAAAAUAGACGCAAUAAUGAUGGUUGUAUUUGCGUCUAUUUACUCUUUCGAUUUUUUGACGGUUCUCUUCUUACUGUGGAACAGAAAUUAUCCGCCACUUAAGUCAAAGGGUCCAAUAAUCAUGACCUUGAUAAUAUUGAUAUCUAUGAUCUGGUUUGUCGGCGAUCUCCAAGGCAAUGGGCACCUGCCUUUGGCAAACACGCCACUGACUAACUGCAAAGCGUUUGGAUUCUGGAUGCGAAUUCUAAUGGGCGCGUGCACCAUCUGUGCAUUGACAGCAUUCAGGGCGUACGGACUGUACCGUGUUUUUUUCCUGAAUCUUCCGUACCACACCGUCGGACUCUACCUGCCGUUUGUCAUAUAUUAUGCGUGCCUUCUCAUUUAUGGAGUGGUUUGCCAGGUAUUGAAGCCUGAAAUAACGGUUAUGUACCUGCCGUCUAUUGACAUCUGCAAGUAUACCCGGCCAUUCAAGAUGUCACUAUUUGUGUUCAUGUGGUUGAGCUGGGUUGCUAUGAUGGGGGUAUUCUGGAAAAUCCGUAAUAUCAAGAGUUCGUUCAACGAGGGUCGCGAAAUGCUAAUAUCUUGUGGGAUCAUAUUUGGAGCACUUUUAAGUGCAACAGUCAUGAAUGUCUCACGCCCCCUGUAUCCCUUGAGCUUGUCUCUUCGUGUAAUAACAACAGUUCUAAAUCAUUUUGCGGCCAAUGCACUGUGGUGGAUUAUCAUGGCGGUACCCAUGUACAACUGUAUGUUUAAUCGGCAGGAGUACCUCAAUCGGUGGAUUCUGAAGCUGCGCAAGGACGGUCUGCAGAACGAGUACGAUAUUGAUCCAAACGCGUCUGGUAACCAUAGUCGUAUAUCGUCUUCCUCCAACAAUGCACGCGAAAUUAUUUUGCAUUCGACCAUUGUGGGAGGAGGAAAUAAGAGAGGAUUUUUACCGAUGAACGGCGGAAGCCUUCAGAGCAAGGAGUCUGAUUCUAGACUAAGUUCGCAAUAUGUAUUUUUGCGCCAUUCAGAAAGCCCAUUUAAUGGUGAUCGUGGAAUCGAUUACUCCCAAGGUUCGCGAUCGAUGGGCGCAAUGUAGUGACGUAUUAAGAAUGCUGUAGCGGAAAAUAGACUACAGUCAUCGACUUUUAACAUUUUGAAUGAAUUUUGAAUGUUGCGCCCUUGGUUGUUUUUAUCAACUGUUAAUAUAAUGCUCCAUAUUCAUUUUUAUACACA